AUGUAUCUUGUGUGGGAAGAUUUAACUGUUGUAGUUCCAAAUUUUGGGAAUGGACACACUAGGAGAUUGCUUAAUGGGUUGAAUGGAUUUGCUGAACCUAACAGGAUCAUGGCUAUCAUGGGUCCUUCUGGCUCUGGAAAAUCUACGCUUCUUGAUGCUUUAGCAGGUAGACUCUCUAGAAACGUGAUCAUGUCUGGAAAUGUGCUUUUAAAUGGAAAGAAGAGGAGAUUAGAUUACGGGGUUGUAGCUUAUGUGACCCAAGAAGACAUAAUGUUGGGAACACUAACAGUUAGAGAGACAAUAUCUUACUCAGCUAAUCUAAGGCUUCCAUGUACAAUGACCAAAGAAGAGGUAAAUGACAUUGUAGAGGGAACAAUUAUGGAAAUGGGUCUUCAAGAUUGUGCUGAUCGGCUUAUAGGGAAUUGGCAUUUGAGAGGUAUAAGUGGUGGAGAAAAGAAAAGACUAAGCAUAGCAGUUGAAAUUCUAACAAGGCCUUGCCUCUUGUUCCUUGAUGAACCCACAAGUGGUCUUGAUAGUGCCUCAGCAUAUUUUGUAGCCCAAACUUUGAGGAACAUAGCACAUGAUGGGAAGACUGUUAUAUCUUCUAUACAUCAACCAAGUAGUGAGGUUUUUGCACUCUUUGAUGAUCUCUUUCUGCUUUCUGGGGGCCAAACAAUCUACUUUGGAACAGCCGAAAAGGCAGUUGAGUUCUUUGCGAGAGCAGGAUUCCCAUGUCCAAGUAGAAGGAACCCUUCAGAUCAUUUCCUCCGUUGCAUUAAUUCAGACUUUGAUGCGAUCACAACCACUGUGAUGGCCACCCAAAGAAUACAUGUAUAUAUGCCUAACAAUUUGUUUUUUCAAUACCACAGGUUUUAUAGAAUAUCAGUAACGGGAUCGCCAACGGACUUAUCAACUGCAGCAGUCAAAGCAAAACUCAUAGAGAAAUACCGAUGGUCAGAGCAUGCAACCAUUGCAAGAGAAAGAAUAAAAGAAAUCUCAAACAUUGUAGGACAUGAUUUUGAAAGUAAAACCAAAUGCGAAGCCAAAUGGUGGAAGCAACUAUCAACACUGACUCAUAGAUCUUUCGUGAACAUGUCAAGAGAUGUGGGAUAUUACUGGAUAAGGAUAACAAUCUAUGUGGCCUUAUCUUUGUGCGUUGGAACAAUCUUCUUUGAAAUUGGAUCAAGUUAUAGAGCCAUUUUCGCUAGAGGAGCAUGUGGCGCUUUUAUAUCAGGUUUCAUGACAUUCAUGUCCAUAGGAGGCUUCCCAUCUUUCAUAGAAGAAAUGAGGGUCUUUUACAAAGAAAGGCUCAAUGGGUAUUAUGGGGUUGCAGUCUACAUUCUAUCAAAUUUUCUCUCUUCAUUUCCCUUUGUGGCAGUCAUGUCCAUUGCUACGGGAACUAUAACCUAUUAUAUGGUUAAGUUUCGUCCAGAAUUUUCACAUCUUUUGUAUAUCUGUCUUGAUCUUAUUGGUUGCAUUGCGGUUGUGGAGAGUUCUAUGAUGAUAAUAGCUUCACUGGUUCCCAACUUCCUCAUGGGAUUGAUAAUUGGAGCGGGAUAUAUUGGUGUUAUGAUGAUGACAGCUGGCUAUUUCCGUCAGAUCCCUGAUCUUCCCAAAUUCUUCUGGCGUUACCCAAUUUCAUACAUCAAUUAUGGUGCAUGGGGAUUGCAGGGAGCUUACAAGAAUGACAUGAUUGGGAUGGAGUUUGAUUCUUCGGUACCUGGGGGCCCGAAACUGAAAGGAGAAAUAAUCCUCAAAACAAUGCUUGGCAUUCAAGUUGAUAAUUCAAAAUGGUGGGACUUAGCUGCAGUGAUGGUCAUUCUCCUAUCGCUUAGAGUUCUUUUCUUUUUCAUUCUCAAAUUUAAGGAGAGAGUUGCACCUUUCAUUUAUAGUAUCUAUGCCAAACAAACUCUUCAGCGUAUCAAGAAGCGCCCUUCGUUCAGGAAAGCACCAUCUUUCCCUUCCAAGCGGCACCAAUCACUGCAUCCGUUGUCUUCUCAAGAGGGUCUCAACUCCCCUAUUCAUUAG